CAGGGGAACGAGAGCCUGAAAAGUUGUUCCUGUCUGCUGUGUUUUCUCCCAGAGAAAUGAAUUUCACCGGAUUUUCGGUGCUGCUUUUAUGUUUCACUGUUAGCCGAACGUACGCUGAGCAUCAUCGCUUAUGAAGGAAAUGUAGAGUCAUAUUAACGUGUUUUGCUUUGCUGUCCAUUCACGGCAAGGUACGGUCAUCAGAGGAAGCUUUAGACAUCAUUGCCCAAAAUGCCGUCACCACAAGUUCUCCAGCCGGUUCUUAAAAUGAAAGUAGACGAGCUUUUUCUCAACUGGUUGAGUGAUCCUACAACUCAGUCAAUACUCAAAGAUUAUCUUGAUCUAAUCAAAAGUGGACAGCCUGUUGAAUUGAGUAUUGGGGACGCUCAAGAUAAAAGGUCGUUAAGCUUCAAUGAAAACAACAAUGUGGCAUCACAGAAGAACCUGGCAGAGAAGAAGCCUGCUCCCUUAAGUACACCUUUCAGCACCCCAUCUACCAGUACCCUGCCUUCCCGAAGUAGCAGUAACACCAGAAUGACUGGACCAAGUGGAAGAGUACUACGGAGAUCUCUCAGCACAAAGAAGGCUCAGGUGAGGACGGAGGAGCCAGUCACCACAGCACUGAGUGAAAGCAUUCCCAAGUUUUACUUCCCACAGGGCCGCCCCCAAGCCAACCUUAACAUUGACGGCCUCAUUUCCAAAAUUGAGAAAAUAUUUUCCCAAUUCCCAAAUGAAAGGGCCACCAUUGAGGAUAUGGGGCAGGUUGCCAAGGCCUGUGAGUGUCCCCUCUACUGGAAAGUGCCAUUGUUCUGCUCAGCUGGAGGCGACAGGACGGGCUUCGUGUCCGUGCACAAGUUUGUGGCUAUGUGGAGAAAAACUCUGCUGACCUGUCACGAUGACGCUUCUAAAUUCGUGCACCUCUUGGCCAAGCCUGGCUGUAAUUACCUGGAACAAGAUGACUUUAUUCCAUUCCUGCAGGAUGUGGUGAACUCACACCCGGGCCUGGCCUUUCUAAAAGAGGCACCAGACUUUCACUCGCGAUACAUCACAACGGUGAUUCAGAGGGUAUUUUACAAUGUGAACCGCUCAUGGACGGGGAAAAUAACAUGUUCUGAGCUCAGGAAGAGUAACUUUCUCCAGAAUGUGGCGCUGCUGGAGCAAGAAGAGGACGUGAACCAGCUGACGGAGUUCUUCUCCUACGAACAUUUCUAUGUUAUUUACUGCAAGUUCUGGGAGCUGGACACUGAUCACGACCUCUACAUAGACCAGAAGGACCUAGCAGGACACAAUGACCAAGCCAUUUCACAGAAGAUGAUUGAGAGAAUAUUCUCAGGAACAGUAACAAGGGACAGACGAGUGUAUAAAGAGGGGCGGCUGAGUUACGCUGAUUUCGUCUGGUUCCUCAUCUCUGAGGAAGACAAGAAGACUGACACCAGCAUAGAGUACUGGUUCCGCUGUAUGGACCUGGAUGGGGACGGGGUGCUCAGCAUGUAUGAGCUGGAGUACUUCUACGAGGAGCAGUGUCAGAAGCUGGAGGCCAUGGCUAUUGAGCCGCUGCCCUUUGAGGACUGCCUCUGCCAAAUGCUUGACCUUGUCAAGCCUGAGGUCGAAGGUAAGAUCACUCUGCGGGAUCUUAAGAGGUGCAAGUUGGCUCAUAUCUUCUUUGACACGUUCUUCAACAUUGAGAAGUACCUGGACCACGAGCAAAAGGACCCGUUCUCUGUCAUAAGGGAGGUGGAGACGGACGGACAGGAGCUGUCAAACUGGGAGAAAUAUGCUGCAGAGGAGUACGACAUACUGGUAGCCGAGGAGGCAGCCAAUGACCAGUGUAACGAUGUGUAUGAAAAUCCGCUGAGCCCUUUAGGGCAGCACAUCUCCAGUGAGCUGGGUCUGACUAAGAGACACUUCUUUGAGAUCCCCACCCCGCACUGCAACCUGGACUUGGAUGAAUAUGAGUAUGAGGAUGACUUCGAAUGAUUUUUUUUUUUUUUUUUGGGUCCUGUAGUGUAGCUGCUGAGCACCUUCCACCCUCAGAGACACAAGUCAUGCACCUGGGUUAGUGGACAAACAUCACCAAACAGAGUAAACCAGAAAGAUGCAGUCGAGCACUGCCAGAGUGCCAUAUUUUUUUCUGCAAACAGAUGGAGAAACGUGCAUGCUGACACAGAUUUGACAAAGAAAUCAUUAAAGUACAGACAGUAGUUCAAUACUGAACCAGACGUUUUACAUUUUCACACUUACAGUAAACAGCCCGGCUGACAAGAUGUCACGAGUGACACACGUUAGACCUUUGCUCCUUCCCCACACAUUAACAAGUUGUUUUCUGCAUGUAAUGGUUGGUCAUCAAUAAUGUUUGGGGCAAGUUUUGUUUCAUCUAAACAUGAAUGUUGUGAAAUCACAGUCACAUAAAAAUCACACACUGGAGCUCCGGGAGUUUUGGGGUUUUUUUGUUUUGUUUUGUAUUUUGGACAAAAACCAUGCUGAUUGGAUUCAGAUAUCGAACUUAUUGGCUAAUCUUACAUUCCAGUGAUCACAACGAAGCGUUUUCUAUAUUGCUGUAAACUCGUCAGUGGAGUUGGAGGUUGCUGUAAAUGCCAAACAAGCCACCGUUAAGCCUUCUGGACACAAACACAGGCACACACACACACACAGCAUCUGUUGUACAGACCUAUAUUCGUUAUGACUUUAAUGUGUGUGCAAGAUGGGGUUAUAAUUUAUUAGAGAUGAAUUUAUAAAUUAAUGUAAAUAUUUAUUUUGUGCUUGCUGUGCUGUAAAUGUGAUUUGAGCAAGUAUUUUAGACCUUUUUUUUCUAUGUCACAGAGUACUUCAGUUGACUACUUUGACAGAACAAAAGGAACCAUUUUCAAAUGUUUUGUGUUUCUUUAAAUUAAUAAUAAAGCCUUGGUUAAUGGAAGACUAAAGAAAACCGAGUGUGCAGUGUAAUGUGGUCUGUGAUGUAAAGAAAUGCUUUUUGUUAUGUUCAGUGUUGUACUUUAUAUGAAGGAAACAUUUUUCCAGCCAUCUGUUGUCCAGUUUGGGGGAGGUUGUGCAAAUUUCUCAGUUUCUAGUUUUUAGCUGACAGGAGUGGUCUUCUGCUGCUGUUCACAGAUGCUUUUCUGCAUACCUUGAUUAUAACAAGUUAUUUGCGUUACUGUUGCCUUCCUAUUCAAAGCAGUGUGGUCAUUCUCUUCUGACCUCUGAUAUCAACAAGGAAGUUUCGCGCAGAGAACCGUGACUCACUGGAUAUUUCAUCUUUUUCAGACCAUCUGUAAACCAUAGAGACCAGCUAAUGCUCACACCAGCCUGUCUGGCACCAACAACCACGCCACACUCAAAGUCACUUCAAUCCUUCUCAUUCUGAUACCCAAUUUGAACUUCAGCAGGUUAUCGUGUCCAGGUCCUGCACACACCGAAUUGCUGAUUUGGAAAUUUGAAUUAACGUGUGGUGAAAAAGAUGUAGCUAACAUACUGGCUGGUAAGUGUAUCUGUGCCAGCUGAAAAUUAUCUAUAUCACAUUUCAAGUGUUUGCACUGUUAGUCAUAAGAGAGUGCCAUUUACCAGACUAACCAAUAUUUCUGUGCACAACCAUACAUAAGUGUACAGCUGUUUCAAAAAGUAACAAAGUGCUUGUUAACUUAUUCCAAGUAUAGAAUAUAUUAUUAACUUGAAGGCAAUAUUUUUUUUAAUUUACAUUAAUUGAUAUUAAAUACAUAAGUAGCAGGUAUCAAAAUAAAAACUACAAUUCUUAAUUGACCCUGUGUCCAAUAGGAAAACUAAAAGUAUUUAGUGUCAUUUUUAAAAAAUCAAGUAUUUUUUACAGUAAAGCUGUAUGUUUGAAAAAAAAUCUAUGCACAUACUGAUACAAAUGGUCCUCAAAUUAAAGUGGUCUGUAAAUCAUAACAUCAGAUUAAUCCUGGUGUUGGUCAUUAUUUUUCCAUUAAAAGGCCAAAACCAACAAUUUGUGCUUCUGGUCCCCGACUCACCCAGUCUGUAUCACUCCACUCAAAUCUCAUGUACAGUUUCAGAAAAUGUUCAAUCUUUUUUUUAAAUUAUCCCUAAUUGGAUUACUUUUUUUUUUUUGUAAGACAACCUCAGUUGUUUUCUUAAACAUCUGGGAAGUCCAUUGUUGGGGAAACUUUACUGAAACAGCAGUGAUUGGUAAUAAUGUAAGGAACUAUUUUCAGCUGUGGAUUAAAACACAUUUGUUGUGGUUUUGGUCUUUGCAUGGCAGAA